AUGAAUAUUUCUUACCUUCCAGAAUUGUGUAUGAAAGAAAUUUCAACCGUUUUAAAAGAUAAUCCAUCUGGUUUAUAUAGGUGUUCUUUAAUAAAUCGUCAUUGGAAUCAACAUUUCUUACCGGAAUUAUGGAAAAACCCUUUCCAAGAAUCACGAAUAAAUUCAAAACGAUUGAUUGAAACACUUUUCCUAUGCCUUUCACCUGAAGAAAAAGAAUCCAUUCAAGAUUAUACAAUUAACCCAAUCACCUCCAAUCCACACACCACAUAUUCGAAAUUUUUACAAGUUCUCGACCUGAAAAAGAUGAUUUAUUAUAUUGAAAUAAAUUUCUCUGUAACGCAUCAUCAGUUAAUUUAUGAAAAAUUAUGUUAUCAUUUCAAUUCUAAUUCAACUAAUCUUUCAAAGAUUAUCUUUUUCGUGGGAAAAACCGCAGUAAGGAACAAUGCGGAUUAUGCGGAUUUAUUCUUAUACCCGAAUGCGAAAAACCUUUCCACACUUAAAGAGGUGGAAUUUCAUGGUUUAUCCUUAUCAGGUUUAAUAUUUAAUUGCUACAAGGUCUGCAGGGACCUUCAAACCAUCACAUUUUAUAGUACAGAACCAUUUCCGGAAUUGUUAUUUAACUUUAAUGAAAGGUAUAACGGGUAUAAAUAUUUCAAUUUAAAGAAUUUAAUUAAAUCACAAAGGAGUUUAAAGAAUUUGAACAUUCAAGGAUUCUUGGUUUCGGAGAAUAAGUAUUUAUAUGAAGCCGUUAACUCUCAGGUAUCUUCCUUGAUAAGCAUUAAAUUUAAAUUACUGCAUUUAAAUAAUAAUUGUACUUUGGAUUAUCUAGUAAAAUGUAAAAAUUUGGAAGAAUUACAAAUUUUGGAAUGUAAAUUUCAUGGGAAUAUCAUUACCAAAGAUGAGAAUCAUCUUGUUAAAUUUCCGAUCAAAUCCAAAUUAAAAUACCUGAAAUUCAAGAAUUGUAUUCAAACAGAUUUCUUGGGGAAUUAUUCUUUAAUUAUUUCAAUGUUUGGUCAGAAUUUAAAUUGCUUAGAUAUUAGAGGUAUUGAUGUUUUGAGCGAUUCAAGAAAGGUGAACUUAAUCACAUUGGUUGCGACAUAUUGUCAUAAUUUAAAGAUAUUUAAGAUUUCCAUUAUAGAUGAGCAUGUCAAAUAUAUUCCAUCAUUACUCUCCUCUUGUCAGAGAUUACAACAUGUCACCUUUAAUACCUAUGAGCAGAAUGAAAUGAUUCAUAUCGAUUUAUCGGAAAUCGGGAAAACCAUGCCAUCUUCAAUGAAUAGGUUUACAUUGAAGAUGAAUUUGCAUUUUACUCCCGAAAACUUUAAAGAAUUUCUAAUUAAUAUCAAGGAUAACAUUAAUUUGAAGGUAUUGAGCUUUAGGGAAUGUAGAUUGUUUAGUAAUGAUCAUUUAGAUAUGUUAAUCAAACAUGGAAACGGAUGUUUGAGAAGGUUAAAAAUAAAUAAAACGAUAAAAAUUGAUGAAGAAGAAUUACUUAGAGCAAGACAAUUUGUAAAAAUAGAAACGGCUAAAAUCUUGAAUAAAACCAGUAACGAUUAA